UUUGGUUUUGAGGGGAUUUGUAUUCUCGACCACCACUCGCAUGUCAUCCAGGCUAUGAAAAAUACAUUUUUUUACGUAGCUAGCUACUUUACGCAAAAGUGUUGCAUUUCGAAGGCCCAGGUGGAAGGAAGUCUUGACGGUGGUGGAUUAGUUCCUGACAGCAGCAGCAGGAGGGAAUGGUGGAAAGGGGUAUCAGACGAAAUAACAGGACCAUUUCCUAUCAAGACGGCCCAAUAAAAAUAUUUUAUAGCUCCUCUAGUUGAGAUGAAGCCUAGAAGAAGUCCUGCCUGGCCCAUCACAGAGUCUAUGCCGCUACCUUAAGCUUUAGAGGAGAGGAAUGAUGAAAUUAGAUAAAAAAUAAAGUGGAAGAGUGGAGGACCGCACCCCCCAGCAUCCCCCAAAAGCAGCAUGGCAGGACUCCAGCUGGUCACCCCCGCCUCCAAUCCCAUGGGGCCUUUCUUUGGUCUCCCGUGGCAACAGGAGGCCAUCCACGACAACAUCUACACGCCUAGGAAAUAUCAGGUUGAACUUCUUGAAGCAGCUCUUGAACACAAUACUAUUGUCUGCUUAAAUACUGGCUCAGGGAAGACUUUUAUUGCAGUACUCCUAACUAAAGAGCUCUCCCACCAAAUCCGGGGAGAUUUAGUGGAACAGGGGAAGAGGACAGUUUUCCUGGUGAAUGCAGCAUCGUCUGUGAUUCAGCAAGCAGCUAGUGUUAGGACCCACUCUGAUCUCCAGGUUGGAGAAUACAUGUGUGUGGAGAAGACCUCAUCAUGGUCCAGGGAAAAGUGGAGCCAAGAAAUGAUUGAAAAUCAGGUGCUCGUUAUGACGUGCCAUAUCUUCCUGCAUGUGCUGAAGAGUGGAGUGCUGCCACUAUGGAAACUCAACCUGGUGGUGUUUGAUGAGUGUCACCUGGCAAUCACGGACCAUCCCUACCGGGAGAUAAUGAAGCUAUGUGAGGGCUGUCCGUGCAGCCCUCGGAUCCUGGGCCUCACUGCAUCAAUUUUGAAUGGUAAAUGUGACCCGUCUGAACUGGAACAGAAGAUCCAGAACUUGGAGCGGAUCCUGCGGAGCAAUGCAGAGACAGCUACUGACCUUGUUGUCCUUGACAGAUAUGCCUCCCAGCCCAGAGAGGUGGUACUGGACUGUGGACCCUACCUGGACAAGAGCGGCCUUUCAGAGCAUCUACUGAGCGAGCUGGACGAGGCUCUCCACUUCCUCAACGACUGCAACAUACCUGUGCCUCGAGAGGACAGAGACCCCACCUUCAUAUCCAAACAGGUGUUGAGUGACUGCCGGGCGGUGCUGCUGGUGCUGGGGCCGUGGUGUGCCGACAAGGUGGCUGGCAUCAUGGUGAGGGAGCUGCAGAAGUACAUCAAACACGAACAGGAAGAGAUCAACAGGAAGUUCCUGCUCUUCACCGACACCAUCCUGAGGAAGGUCCACGCCCUGUGUGAGGAACUCUUCUCCCCGGCCUCUCUGGACCUGAAGUUUGUGACCCCAAAGGUCAUCCGUCUCCUGGAGAUCCUCCAUGAGUACAAGCCCUUUGAGAGGCAACAGUUUGAGAGUGUGGAGUGGUACAACAACCGCAACGAGGACAACUACGUGUCGUGGAGUGACUCGGAAGACGAAGACGAGGAUGAGGAGGUGGAGGUGAAGGAGAAACCCGAGGCUAACUUCCCCUCGCCGUUCACCAACAUCCUGUGUGGCAUCAUCUUCGUUGAGAGGCGCUACACGGCCGUCGUCCUCAACCGGCUAAUAAAGGAGGCAGGGAAACAGGACCCGGAGCUGGCCUACAUCAGCAGUAACUUCAUCACGGGACACAGCAUCGGAAAGAACCAGCCACGCAACAAGCAGAUGGAGGUGGAGUUCAGGAAACAGGAAGAGGUUCUGCGUAAGUUCCGUGCCCACGAGACCAACCUGCUCAUAGCGACCAGCAUCGUGGAGGAAGGGGUAGAUAUUCCCAAGUGUAACCUGGUGGUGAGGUUUGACCUGCCCACUGAGUACAGGUCCUACGUUCAGUCUAAAGGCCGAGCCAGAGCCCCCGUCUCCAACUACAUCAUGCUGGCUGAAAGUGAGAGGACCAAGACCUUCGAGGAAGACCUGAAGACCUACAAGGCCAUAGAGAAGAUCCUGAGAAACAAGUGUUCCAAGGCAGCAGGGGUCGGUGACUUUGAGGUGGAACCGGUGCAGGAUGAUGACAACAUCCUGCCUCCCUACGUGCUCCGCUCUGAGGAAGGAGGGCCCCGCGUCACCAUCAACACGGCUAUCGGACACAUCAACAGAUACUGUGCCCGUCUGCCCAGUGACCCAUUUACUCACCUGGCACCUAAGUGUAAGACCAAGGAGCUGAAGGAUGGGCGCUACCAGUCAACCCUCUACUUGCCCAUCAAUUCCCCUCUACGGGUGCCCGUCGCUGGGCCAAUCAUGAACUGUGCACGACUGGCAGAGAAGGCUGUGGCACUACUUUGUUGUGAAAAUCUUCACAAAAAAGGUGAGUUGGAUGACCACUUGAUGCCUGUGGGGAAAGAGACCGUGAAGUAUGAGGAGGAGCUGGAUCUCCAUGACGAGGAGGAGACCAGUGUUCCAGGCAGACCAGGAUCCACCAAGAGGAGGCAGUGCUACCCUAAAGCUAUACCAGAGUGUCUUCGGGACAGUUACCCUGUACCGGAGCAGUCUUACUACCUGUAUGUGAUUGGCAUGGUCCUCACCACCCCUCUGCCUGACGAACUCAACUUCCGCCGCAGGAAGCUCUACCCUCCAGAGGACACUACCAGGUGCUUCGGCAUCCUGACUGCCAAACCUAUACCUCGGAUCCCCCACUUUCCUGUGUACACGCGGUCUGGUGAGGUGACCAUCUCCAUGGAGCUCCAGAAGGCUGGGUUCACUCUGAGUGCUGUCCAGCUGGACCUGAUCACCAGACUACACCAGUACAUUUUCUCUCACAUCCUCCGCCUGGAGAAACCUGCUUUAGAGUUCAAUCCCACGCAGGCUGACUCCGCCUACUGCGUUCUACCUCUCAAUGUUGUUGAGGAUUCCAACACUCUAGAUUUGGAUUUUAAAUUCAUGGAGGACAUAGAGAAGUCCGAGGCUCGUGUUGGCAUUCCUACCACCCAGUACACCAAGCAGAACCCCUUCACCUUCAAACUGGAAGACUACCAGGACGCUGUCAUCAUUCCACGGUAUCGUAACUUUGACCAGCCUCACCGUUUCUACGUGGCUGACGUUUACACAGACCUCACACCUCUCAGCAGGUUCCCGUCACCGGAGUACCAGACGUUUGCUGAGUACUACAAAACCAAGUACAACCUGGACCUGUCCAACGUAAACCAGCCACUACUGGACGUAGACCAUACCUCCUCACGCCUGAACCUGUUAACCCCUCGUCACCUGAACCAGAAGGGGAAAGCCCUGCCCCUCAGCAGUGCAGAGAAGAGGAAGGCCAAGUGGGAGAGUCUACAGAACAAACAGAUCCUGGUCCCAGAGCUGUGUGCCAUCCACCCCAUCCCAGCCUCUCUGUGGAGGAAGGCUGUGUGUCUCCCCAGUAUCCUGUAUCGCCUUCACUGCCUGCUCACAGCCGAGGAGCUGAGGGCCCAGACAGCCAGCGACGCUGGAGUAGGAGCCCAGACCCUGCCCUCUGACUUCAGGUAUCCAAACCUGGACUUUGGAUGGAAGAAGUCCAUCGACAGCAAGUCAUUCAUCUGUCUGCGUGAUGAGGAUGAGGAAGAGGAGGAGGAGGAGGAAGAGGACAGCGGUGACGAUAACUGUAAACAGCAGGGCCAGACUGUAGCCCCUGACCCUGGACUUGCUGCUGCUGUUUCCCAGCAACCCUGUAGUGACUGUCAUGUCUCUUCUCGGCCUGAGGGGUGCGACAUCCACCAACGCCCCGAAGAUGACAGACCAGAGGACGAGGAGCCCCAGCAGCCAGACUCCGCCUCCUGCACUAGCAUCCUCGCUAACGGCACUGCCCCCAUUGCCAAUGACAACGGUGACCACGGCGACCAUUCACACCUUCACGACGGACGUGACAACUGCCAAUGUCUCCCGGCUGGUUCUGGUUUGCCACUGGAGAACGAAAAAGAAGUAUCAACACAAACCACUACCUCAGUUCUUCCUGUGCAGCCCUCUCUUAGCAUCGAGAACCAGAAUCUAACCCCAACACCCCCUCAGCCCCAGCCAGGGACCCAGCCUCUACCCCCUCAGCCCAGGCCAGGUACCCAGCCUCCACCCCCUCAGCCCGGGACCCAGCCUCCACCUCCUCUACCCACUCAGCCCCAGCCAGGGACCCAGCCUCUACCCCCUCAGCCCCAGCCAGGUACCCAGCCUCCACCCCCUCAGCCCGGGACCCAGCCUCCACCUCCUCCACCUUCUCAGCCCCAGCCAGGGACCCAGCCUCCACCCCCCCAGCCCCAGCCAGGGACCCAGCCUUCACCCCCCCAGCCCCAGCCAGGUACCCAGCUUCCACCCCCUCAGCCCCAGCCAGGCACCCAGCCUCCACCCCCUCAGCCCCAGCCAGGUACCCAGCUUCCACCCCCCCAGCCCCAGCCAGGGACCCAGCUUCCACCCCCCCAGCCCCAGCCCCAGCCUAGCGAUGAAUGUAGACCAGGGAGGACCUCAGAGCUCCGUGAGGGCGACGGACACCACGUGAAUCAAGCUACCUCAGACUGCUGCAGCCCAGCAACGAUGACGGGGCCCGCCGGCACAGCUCCCAUCACCACAACACCUUUACCUGACCCCUCAGAGGCCCUAGAGACCCAGGAGAUCACCACCAGCAGCUCUGUAGUGGGGGAUACCCUUGGCCCCUGCUCCAAGACCCUGGGGCCCAACCCUGGGCUCAUCCUUCAGGCCCUGACCCUGUCCAACGCCAGUGACGGCUUCAACCUGGAGCGUCUGGAGAUGCUGGGAGACUCCUUCCUGAAGCACGCCAUCACCACCUACCUGUUCUGUACCUACCCCGAUGCACACGAGGGACGACUCUCCUACAUGAGGAGCAAGAAGGUGAGCAACUGUAACCUGUAUCGUCUGGGAAAGAAGAAAGGUCUUCCUUGCAGGAUGGUGGUGUCCAUCUUUGACCCACCGGUCAACUGGCUGCCUCCUGGCUACGUGGUCAACCAGGACAAGAGCAGCGAAGACAAAUGGGACGAGGAUGAGGCCAAAGAGGAGCUCCUGGCCAACGGUAGUGCUGGAGAGGAGUUGUGUGUGGAGGAACUAGGGGAGGAGGUUCUGGAGGAGGAUGAAGAUCUGAUGUGGAAGGAGCCUAAAGACGAGGUCAACGUGGAGGACGACCUGGAGUACUACCAGGAGCACAUCAAGUUCAUCGACAACAUGCUCAUUGGCUCCGGUGCCUUCGGCAAGAAGAUUUCCCUCGGUACCUUCCCCCCUGCCCCCGCCACCCCUGGCCCAAGUCCCAGCCCCUCCGCCCGUUCCUCCUCCCCUGCAGCCGAGCCCAGCUACGGGGAGUGGAAACCCCCCAAGAAACCUGGCCCGGUCCCCACCCCCCACUACCCCUCAGAGCCUAGCGGUAGUGGCUCAGCAGAUGAGUUUGACUACAGCUCGUGGGAUGCCAUGUGUUACCUGGACCCUAGCAAGGCAGGGGAGGAGGAUGAUUUCGUGGUGGGUUUCUGGAACCCGUCGGAGGAGAACUGUGGGGCGGAGUUGGGGAAACAGUCUAUCUCCUAUGACCUGCACACAGAGCAAUGCAUCGCUGACAAGAGCAUCGCUGACUGUGUGGAGGCAUUGCUGGGCUGCUACCUCACCAGCUGUGGGGAGAGGGCUGCUCAGAUGUUCCUCUGCUCACUGGGACUCAAGGUGUUACCGGUUGAGAGGAGGAGGCUGAAGGAGAAGGGCGGGGUCAUAGAGGUCGUGAACCUUGACCUCCAGUAUGGCUGGCUGAAGAUCCCACCCCGCUGCAUAUUUGACCACCCAGACGCCGAGCUCACCCUCAACCACCUCAUCUCCGGCUUUGAGAAUUUUGAGAGGAAGAUCAGCUACACCUUCCAGAACAAGGCCUACCUGCUGCAAGCCUUCACACACGCCUCCUACCAUUACAACACCAUUACUGAUUGUUACCAGCGACUAGAGUUUCUUGGCGAUGCAAUUUUAGACUACCUCAUAACGAAGCACCUUUAUGAAGACCCGCGCCAACACUCUCCUGGCGUGCUCACAGACCUGCGCUCGGCGUUGGUCAACAACACUAUCUUCGCCUCCCUGGCCGUCCAGUACGACUUCCACAAGUACUUCAAGGCUGUGUCGCCCGAGCUGUUUCAUGUCAUCGACGACUUUGUGCAAUUCCAGCUGGAGAAGAACGAAAUGCAAGGCAUGGACUCUGAGCUUCGUCGCUCAGAGGAAGACGAGGCGAAAGAGGAGGACAUUGAGGUCCCCAAGGCAAUGGGAGACAUAUUUGAGUCACUAGCUGGAGCAAUUUACAUGGAUAGCAGAAUGUCACUGGAGACAGUGUGGCAAGUGUAUUAUCCAAUGAUGAGGCCACUUAUAGAGAAAUUCUCGGCUAAUGUCCCUCGCUCUCCGGUGCGGGAGCUAUUGGAGAUGGAGCCUGAGACAGCCAAGUUCAGCCCUGCAGAGCGGACGUACGACGGGAAGGUCCGUGUGACAGUGGAGGUCGUGGGCAAGGGCAAGUUCAAAGGCGUGGGCCGCAGCUACCGGAUCGCCAAGUCUGCUGCCGCGCGCCGGGCCCUGCGCAGCCUCAAAGCCAACCAACCUCAGGUCCCAAACAACUGAGCUUCACACGUUAACUAGCUAGCUACUGAUGCUAGCUACUGAUGCUAGCAACUGACGCUAUCUACCUACAACUGUCACUAGCCAGUAGCCACUGAUGCUAGCUUGCUACUGAUGUUAGCUAGUCGCCACUGAUGCUAACUACUGACGCUAACCAGUAGCUACCAGUGCUAGCAACUGAUGCUAGCUACCAACACAGUGCAGCAUUAGUCCUGUAUCUUCAGCCCUCAAUGGCACAACCAAGGCAGCCAGGGAACGUUCUGUGGAGACAUGGGGAAGUCACAACGAGAGCUGAUCUCGUUGUAACGGAUUUCACAUUUUAUUUUACAUUUUUUGCAAACACAAUCUUUCCUUUCCUUCUGUUCUCUGCUUUGUGUAAUCACAAGAGUGCUUUAUUAACGUAUAGCAAAGUGUUAAAAAGAAGAAAAAAAGGUCAGGUGUUGCUUUGUUUUUUUCUCACUUUUUUUAUUUUUUAUUUGACUUUUUGUUUGUUUAACCUUUGCUUUGUGUCAGUGAGAUGUUAGGCGUAUUAUGAGUAGUAUUAGAUUUGUACAUAGUUCAAAUCAAAGGUGUAAAUCUAAAAACGCUAUACUCCUCAGUCUGUGCACUAGUGCCAGUUUUAAAGCGGUUUUUAAAAUGCUAUUGCUAAGGAAAUGGCAAGCAGAGGCCAGACCACCAGUGAAGACGACCAGUGUGGCCCACCUCUGUCUGAACUCUGUCUUGAGAUGCUAUUCUUAGGAUGCGUCUAAAAUGGCACCCUAUCCCCUAUAUAGGACCCUAUGGCCCAGGUCAAAAGUAGUGGACUAUAUAGGGAAUAUGGUGCCAUUUGGGACGUAGCCUCAAUCAUUAUUGCACUUAUUCCAUUAGGGUCUGUUAUGUUCAGAAUUGUGUGGUCGGAUUGGACAACAAAAUCCUAUAUGUAACAAAAAUAUAUAUAUACAUUUAUGAUGAAAUAUAAAUAUUAUUUGCCUUACAUACUAAGGCCCUCCCUCGUAUCCUGAAAAAAAGAAUAGGAAUUCAACAUUCCCGCUUACUGUAAAUUUAAAAAUAGUUUUUAAACAGCACUCGAGGAUGCAUGUUCGUGUAGCUUAUGUAUUAAUAACCAUGGCAACUGGAUGGCUUAUAUAAACAUUUAUAAAUCUAUCAAUAUAUCUAGAGGGAAAGAGAUAUUAAAUGUUUAUUAUUAUGACAUAAGUCGACAACUUUAGUCUCAAGUAAUGUCUUUUGAUACCAAGAUUGAUCAUCUUUAUUUUGUUGGUCAUUUUGUAAGACUCAGAGCACCUUUUGAGUACAGUCUUUAGGACACAGGUUGUUCUUCUUUUUCAACAGAAUCGUGGUUCACACAUCCCUUCACUUUACCAAAGCUAAUACAGAUGUGACUCUACAGGGUUGCACAUGUGAAGUCAGUUCCUAGGGAUAUGCACACCAGCCUUUUUGUUGAAUUAUUUACUUCAAACACAUUGUGACAUAGCGUCCACGUUAUGUGACUACAUAGCCUCUUAGACUAAAUGUAUUUUAUUUUCUCUCAAUAGUAUCAAUAAGCCCUCUUCACUUGAAUACCUCAGUUGAUUGCAUGCAUUUGUUUUUGGUGCUAUGUUUUGUUGUAUUAAGCUUGAAUUUCUCAUCCUUUUUGCACUGUAACUAUAAUACCUCUUUCUUUGACCUUUUUGAAAUCUGUCAGUUGGGUUGGUUGUCCUGUUCUAGCAGCCUUCAAGCUGUAGUGGUUCAGUUGCAUCGGUGUUUUCUUUGAUUUUCUUCUCUCCCUGCCCAAUUGAUUUAAUGCUUGAUGAUUUGGUGGGGUAAAUCCAGAGGGUAUUCUCAUUCUGCACAUACAUGGGCCUAAACUAAUGCCUUCAGUCUCUGUUGAGCAUCAGUCCUCUUCAAAGGAAGAAGACAUGAAUUGGCCAUGAUCAGAUGGAGGGGGCCUCCUGUACUGUAGCUUGUUGAAGUAAACCGAUUGCACUCUAUAUCUCUCACCGUGUGUGGCCAGCGCAGUCUUAGUGUAUGUCGAAGGCCUUUGCAAGACUACUUCGGAUUCAGCCUUUUACGAUUGUCACAUGUCACACUGUGCGAUGUUACCAAAUUAAAAUCUUGAUAUCAACUUUG